AUGCCAAAGACCAUUCCCUCAAUCAAGUCAUCUGAAUUACCAUAUGAAAUUCUUUCUACAAUUGCCUUUCAUCUCUCAAUCGAAGAUACUCUCAGCUGCACCGUAGUCUCUAGAGCGUGGAAUGGACCUUUUCAAGAUUCAUUGUGGAGAUGUAUAAGCAUUAAACGUCCAAAGACACUUGCCACUAUUCUCAACCAAUUUACUAGCGGAGAAGCCACCUAUCGGAGCUCAGACACUUGUGUUCGAAGCCUUUACAUCCAAGAGAACGCUUGCCCUAAUGACCAACACAUGCAUGUUUUACAACAACGUUUCCAGAAAUUAAAAGACCUUUAUAUCCGGACCCACGAUCCAGACUUUCUUCAUGCCAAAAUACCAAUUGAUUGGGGGCUCUGGAAGUCCUUGACAAAUUUAUCAAUUGUCUGGAUGGCAGCAGACGGGCAAAGUGUUGUGAAUGAAUUUCUAAAAGUUAUAUCACAUCUACCGCAACUCACACAACUGGAUUUGUCGAUUACUGUCGAUGUAGAGAGCCAUGUUUUUACUUGGAAAGAUAUGGAGGCACUCCAUGAUUAUCUACCCUUAUUAGAGGACCUGACUCUCACUGCAAAAUUUGGUGAAAUAAAAGACGAGGAUAUUAGGCAGAUCUUUUUUGCCAACCAGGCCAGCACGUUGCGGAAGGUGUGUUUUGGGUAUGGUUCAUGGAAGCCAUUCUGGGUACUCUAUAUCCUUCGAAAGUAUCCGUGUAUGCAUACCUUGGAGUGGCGUGCUUACUCCAACAGAGCAUUAUCGCACAUGGAUCAAUUCGAAUUAAUGCUCAUUUUGCCAAGUCUACCCCACGCUGCCCAAUAUCUAGAGGUAAUCAAUAUACAGACCUGCUCAGAUAUCCUCUACGAGCCUGUAUCAAACGGUGUCAUGCUUAAGGUUCUACGUAGAGAUGGAAAAGAUAUCAAGGAAGCAUACUUCUCCACGGUUGGCGAAGGGUACCAAAACGACUUUUAUAUCCUGAACAGAGAACUCCUUCGGCAGUUUUUAUUUUCCAAUUCAGCAGCCCUCGAAGGUUUUACUUUAGAUAUCUGCAAUACCCGCAAUACACCAAUAUCCUGGUCAGCUUUUCACUCUUGUAAAAAUCUCCUCGAGUUGAAUGUACAUGCACUUGAGAAUGUAUCAUUAAACGAUAUAUUGGACCACUGUGUUUCUCUAAAAAAACUCAAAUUAAGGUCUCCAUUUGCUACCUCUGAAAAUUUUGUUUCGGGUAACCACACGAUCCAUGGCCUCGAAGUACUUGUGAUUGAGGAUGCAAAUAUAUCUAAUGAGUCAAUGAAAUACCUUGUAUUUCGAUGCAGGCAGCUUAUAGAACUCAAAUUGCGCGGCGUAAGGAUAAAGACUGUUAUUCCUCUUGACAAUAGGAGUAUAUCUUUUGAUGUAUCCUGCCUGUGCUUACAAUCUUUGGAACUCACCGACGUCAGGUUUUAUAAGCACACUACUACAUUCUAUGAGACGACAGGAACAAGGAUCAAUUACAUCGCCCUUUGUCUACAAAGCCAAAUUACACUCCCGGAAGCCGAUAUUACAGCUAUAGCUACAUUUCCUUCCACUCCAGAUUGUACAAAAUGUAUCUGGAUUCUUCAAUGUACAUGUUCGGGAGCGGGGAAUAAGCAUAACUGUACGCGAAUAUUGAGGGAUGACGAAGCCAGUUAUUGUCAUGAAUACUUUACGAUGUGUCAAAAAAGUACAAUGAACAACAAUAACAUCCAACAGCUACACCUACCCAAAGAUAAACCAGCUUUUAUCAAAGCUAACAGAAAUUUUAACUUAUCCACAGGCUAUGUUAACAUGCUGUACAGACACAUCGAUAGGCAAGCAGAAUAUUCACAAUUGAGGAUUGCCUAUCAAUGCUUUGCUACCAGCAUGGAAGGCAAAGAUUCUGUCUCAUUUAAAGGCCAACAUGCAGGAUUUGUAGGUGUUCUGUACCGAGCAUUGAGAAAUAGGCGAAUGGGUGGAGACCUUCUUGUGGCAGAUGUUGGAGAGUUCAGAAAAUCCAAGCCUAUUCUCAACCACUUAUAUUCCCGUAUCGAACACGGGUCUCUUUACGCGGGAAUUUAG